GGUUAGAGCCAGCCCUGGGCUGGAGCGGCCGCGGGUGGUCUUGGAUAGCGGCCGCUGCAGUCGGGGAUGUGAGCGGAGAAGAGCCUGGGGACCUCUCGGCUCCGGCUUUUCGGGCCUGAGGCGGAGAAGUGCGCGCAGCCUGGGCGGAGGCAGUGAUGCUGCCGCCGAGGCUGUAGUGCAGCCGCCUCCCGCUCCCCUGGGCGAGGAUGAAGGCCGAGCGUCGCUCGUCCCGGCGGAGGGGCGUAGGAGGAGACCGGGGCAGAGGUCUCCCUCUCCCGCGGGGCAGUAUGCAGAAGGCGCCCGCGGUCCCUGCAGGAGGACGCUUGUUGAGCGGGCGUAGCCUCAGCGAGAGACUCAAGUUCACGCGUCUCCAAGGGAGCCCCUGAAGGAAAGGCGCUGUAGUCCUGGGCAGAACACGCGUCCUCAGUUCGACUUGAAGGUGACUUUUCAAGACCCACCAAAACCAGGACCAGAGUUUUGCCUUGAUUCAGUGCUUGGCAUCUCUGGGUAAUGGAAAAGUAACCUUUGAGUCAAGCUCGGCUCCUAGUGACUUCGUGGACACAUCCAUGUGAUUUCCUUAGAGUAGGACUGGAAAGCUCCAGCCUGUCAGUGCAGGCAGUUUUGAGCAAGAUGGGCCAUCUUUCUUGAGUGUUACAGCUCUGAGCAGUGGCUCCAUUAACUAUGACUGUAUGUAAGAGUGUGUGUGUGUGUGUGUAUGUAUGUAUGUAUAUAUACAUAUAAAAAUGUAAGCACAUAUUAAAAAGCCUCCUUCAAGUUGAGCAUGGCUCCAUGUAGUUUUCUUGCAAUAUUGUGUGAACUCUUUGAUAUUGCUUUCUGUAUAUUUGUUGUUGUUGUUAAUCUCCCAUCUCUCUAUAGCUUGGGUAUUCCAUAGAGUUCACCCAUCCCAGUAUUAAUCUGGCCCAAUUCUUUCCUAACCUUCCAAACCCAAACAUAGGCAGCCAGCUGUUGCCAUCUGCUGGGGCUAUAUACAUCUGUAUCAUUAAUAAUAUUGAAGUAGGAGACAUACGUUGCUUUUUAGCUUUGUUAUUUUGCAUUCAUGACAAGAAAAAAAACUUAAGAUGUCACUAUGUUUUUAGAAGUUCUCCUGAUAAAUACUUUAAAAAUGUCCUGCUUUUCAGAGAUACUUCUAGUAUAAUAGAUAAUUUAAAAAGCUUUUAAUCUGACUGGCAAAUAAUUACAUAAACUAAUCAUAGUUUAUUUCCCCCUGCCUUGUAUCCAGAAGAACUUAUUUGUGCAGCCUUUUUUUCCUUAAACCACUUGCUGCCAUGUGGAGAAUAAUUAACAGCAUUGACAGAAUCCUGGGAAAGAUAUAGUUAAUUCCCUGUUAGAAUGCCCUCAUACUAGGAACAAACUAUCUUUGCAGCUAAACAGCUGAUGAGGUCAUGCCAGGUUUGUGAUUGUCCCCAUCUGUCUCAUGAAUUGACAAGGACUUUGUAGAACCUUGGAGAAGAAUAGGAUAUAUGUCUUGUAACUGAAUUGAUCAUAAUUCCAUGGCUUGAUCACCCCAAUAUUCAAGUAAGGCAAUUUGGGAUAUGUAAGAAGGCACUCUUGAAAACACCAAACUGUUGAAGAGGUAGCGGUAAACUGUUCUUCACCUAAGAAGCUCCAUUCUCUUUCUGUCUGUGAUGUUCAUGUGUGUUCAGGACGAUUAAGGCAUACUUGUAAUUUUCAGUGCUGCUCAAUACUUGUUUAAUAUGGAUGAGUUGCUUUGAUUUAAAUGUCAGUCUGGUCAGAAUAUGUCAUGUAUGUCUGUUGUUUACUAAUCUCUUUUAGGUCAGUAAAGCUGGAAAAAUCCUGAGCAUCUUGGUUUGUAGAAAAUACCAAAGUGAAAACUUUAUAUUGCUCUGUGCAGAGCAGCUGUAUAUAGUUUGAUGGUGGCUUCAAAUAAUUGAAGCUGGUGCUUAGCAGUUUAAAAUAUUCCCCCAGCCUUAUUUCAAAACAAUGUAUAUGCCUGUUGCUCUUCAGAGCUGGCUGAUAGCAGAUGAGUCUUGUGUGAGCUGGAUGCUAUGUUGUACAGCAAGAGUGAUGGAGAUCUGCUGUGUGUUGGGCUGUAGAAGGCUUAGAUCCUGCUGAUAAGAAAUGGCUAUGCUGCAAGUUGCUGCUUAAUGCUUGUCACUACAAACAAACUGCUUGUAUUUCUGUGUUUUUUUCUGUCCCCCUUCAAUGUUGGAGACUUCCUCCUCCUCCUUUAAUAAUCUCUCCUGUGCCUUGCUAUUCCUGGGCUACUGCUUUGUGGAUGUUGGCGGCUUCUUGUUGUGACAGGAGAAUGUGUGUGUGUCCUGGGCCCAGGAGAAUUGCAAUUCCAGUUAAGAGCUCCAGGCUGCCAUUGUUCUCUGAUGCCAUGCCAGCACCAGCUCAGUUACUGCUCCCAUUAAUUCGCAACUGUGAGAUUAGCAGGAUAUACAGCACUGCAUGUUACUGUCACCACAAGCAUCUGUGUUGCUUGUCCCCUCCCUUAACUCACAAACACUUGAGGUAUGUUCCUCAGAAGAAGCUUGCAACGCUCUGCAGACCAAAGGAAAACUUCAGUCAAUUUAUUCAGGCAAGAAGCUAUGUCUCCACACCACAGCGAUUUUACCUCACCCCUCCACAAGUCAACAGCAUCCUCAAAGCAAAUGAAUACAGUUUCAAAGUGCCAGAGUUUGAUGGCAAAAAUGUAAGUUCUGUUCUUGGCUUUGACAGCAACCAGCUGCCUGCCAAUGCUCCCAUAGAGGAUCGAAGAAGUGCAGCAACUUGCUUACAGACAAGAGGGAUGCUCCUGGGUGUCUUUGAUGGCCAUGCAGGAUGUGCCUGUGCCCAGGCUGUCAGCGAGAGACUGUUUUAUUAUAUAGCUGUUUCUUUGUUGCCCCACGAAACUUUACUUGAAAUAGAAAAUGCUGUUGAGAGUGGUAGAGCCCUGUUGCCCAUCUUACAGUGGCAUAAACACCCCAAUGACUAUUUCAGUAAAGAAGCCUCCAAAUUAUAUUUUAACAGCUUACGAACUUACUGGCAAGAACUCAUAGAUCUUAACACUGGAGAAACAAUGGAUGUCAAAGAAGCUUUAAUUAAUGCAUUUAAGAGGCUUGACAAUGACAUUUCUUUGGAAGCUCAAGUUGGAGAUCCAAAUUCUUUCCUUAACUAUUUAGUAUUGCGUGUAGCUUUCUCUGGUGCAACUGCCUGCGUGGCUCAUGUAGAUGGUGUUGAUUUGCAUGUUGCCAAUACUGGUGAUAGUAGGGCCAUGCUUGGUGUCCAAGAAGAGGAUGGCUCUUGGACUGCUGUUGCUUUGUCUCAUGAUCAUAAUUCACACAAUGAAAGUGAAAUUGAACGACUUAAAAUGGAACAUCCAAAGUCCGAAGAAAAGAGUGUUGUCAAACAAGAUCGGCUGUUAGGCUUACUGAUGCCUUUCCGAGCUUUCGGUGAUGUCAAAUUUAAGUGGAGCAUUGACCUUCAGAAGAGAGUAAUAGAAUCAGGCCCAGAUCAACUCAAUGAUAAUGAAUAUACAAAAUUCAUUCCACCAAACUAUCACACUCCUCCAUAUCUCACAGCUGAGCCAGAAGUGAUACACCACAAAUUAAGACCUCAGGACAAAUUCCUGAUACUGGCAACAGAUGGUUUGUGGGAAACAAUGCACAGGCAGGAUGUAGUUAGAAUUGUAGGUGAGUAUCUAACAGGCGUUCAUCAUCAGGAGCCAAUAGCUGUUGGCGGCUACAAGGUAACAUUGGGACAGAUGCAUGGUCUUCUUACUGAAAGGAGAGCCCGUGUCUCUUCAGCCUUUGAAGAUCAGAAUGCUGCUACUCAUUUGAUACGUCAUGCCGUAGGAAAUAAUGAGUUUGGCACUGUUGAUCAUGAACGGCUCUCUAAGAUGCUCAGUCUUCCAGAAGAGUUGGCUCGGAUGUACAGGGAUGAUAUCACAAUUAUAGUGGUACAGUUCAAUUCCCAUGUUGUUGGUGCAUGUCAAAAUGAAGAAUUCUGAAUUGAAAUGGCAAACAAAACUCUUCACAGAACAAAAUGAAAAAUGACCAGUAUUGAGUCCAUCAUAGUAAAAUACUUGAUUAUCAUCUGGUCAUUGGAAUUAUAACUGGAGCAAAUAUUAUUUGGAAAAACCUUGGACAAUGGUCAAAAUGUUACUUAUCUAAUUUAAACUACCAGGAGAACAAAACAACUUUGCACUAAUUAGUCUGUUUGCUUGAACAAUGGCUUGUAAUUUGGGAUUACUUGGUGGAAGUAAAUCUUCAUAUGCAUCAGUGCAAUGUCCUGCAGGGCAAAAAUCUUGCAUUUAUCACAUGUAAAUUCCAAUGUAGGUAUGUAUCUAAGUUGCUUUAGAAAACUUUGAGUGAUAACCUGGUUAUAAAACUGAACUUGAAUAGGGCUGUUGACUUUUAUAUCUACAAAGUAGCUAUUGUGUCUUUCCUUCAGGAAAGGAAGGGGAUGUAUUUUUUAACAGUUGGUAAAUGUCUUGAUAUCAUAUCUAAUUAUCUUCCUCUUGGGUAGUGAUAUAUCUGUUGAAACACAUGCCUGGAAUAUUGAUGUUAAAAGUCCAAGUUAAAGCCAUAAGUAUCUUAAGCCUAUCCAGAAGUAUUAGAAAUUGAAUACCAUUUUGCAUCAAAUAGCUAAUAUAUUUUGCACAGUUCAAAGGGCAAUAAAUAAUUAGAAGGUUAGAUAACUAAAUGGAAAAGUGCAAAAAACAAAAAAAAACCCUCUUUGGCUUAUGUUAUAAACCUGAAAUUCUACUUUUGUGAACCUUGACCUAAUAUUCAGUCAGACUGGCUUGUAAAAACAUCACAGUCCUGCCUUGUACCAAACCUAUUUCUACUUGUCUUGGUUUUAGUGUUGUAUUUAGACAAACAGUAGUGACUUAGUAAAUUUGUGGAGUCACAUGUGUUAUAGUCUGAUUUAAAGUUUGGUCUUAUGGACAUGUUAAGUAUUACAAAGCAAAAAAUGUACCUGUAUUGUUUGGUUGCCAUGGUCACUAUUGAAGAAAACCAUGUAAUAAGAAUUGUAAAUAGAGAUAGAGGUGGAGAAAAGCCUGCAUGCUAUAUACUUAAUUAUACUGGCAGUGCAGCAUCAACUCCUUUCAAAGCGUCACUACUGGUGUGUAAACUUGCUUACAUCCCAGAUCACUUCCUAAUGUUGCAUGAGUGAUCUCUGAACUUUAUUUAUACCAUAUAAUGCACUUAUUUGGAAAUGGCAGGUAAAUUUAAGAAGUUUUCUUAGCAAUUACAUUUUGAAUACUUUUAAUAUCAAACUCAAGGCUUCAUGAAUGUCACUUGCCUUAUAAUAUCAGACUAGUUUUUAUCACUUCAUAAACAGAUAGUAUAACUAUAAUUGAACUGUUGCUUAAUGUUUUCCUCAAGUUCAUAUCUACAUCUGAGGCAUUUGCAAAUGAACAUUAAUAUCCUAUGUGCUUCUCUGUUUAAAUAUCUUAUAUAUAUUCCACUUGAACUCCAUUUGACUUUCCAUCACAUAUGUGAUUGUUUAAGCUGACACAUUUUAGAAAAUGUCAGUGUUCUUCACAGCGUAGAUAUAUAAAAGGAAAAAAGAACAAUCAGAUAGCUCUGUCCUUAGUACACCAGUAAUAUGUAUAUGAUCAUUUCCAGCACUUAGGUUUUGUACCACUAAAGCUUUCUUUGCUGUUUACUAUACACUAAGAGUCAUAUUUGUCUAAAAAGUUAAAGUAUUGAAAUGCAAAGACAUGUGUAAUUGCACCACUUUCCUAAAUGGAUAUUCUUUAUAAAUUUAUCUGGGUGGAAAAUUCCUAUCUGCAGCCUUAAAAAGGGGGAUGGCCUUCUCUUUCUGUGUCCAAAGAAGUAACUAUUCUAGCUUUUGUUUAUAUUUUUCCAUCUAAUUUUGUUAUUUAUUGUAUUAAUGACAAAACUGAGCAGUUUAAAUUGCCACCUUUAUAAAUGGAAUAGAAUUGAUAAAUCCAUAUUUUAUGUUACAUUAUUCAUUGCCUUAGCUAUUUGUGACAUCUACCAUACAUGUAAAUGUAUCUUUUUGGCUUGGUUCUAGUCAUAAUGAAAGGUAUUGAGUCCUGGCCCUAUAUGUUCGGCAUUUUGGGGAGAGGUGGUGAUCUUGCACAUACAGAUAUGAACAUAGGAAUUAACUUUUAAGUUCUCAAAAUAUGUUUGCAUUGAAAGGGGGAAAAUGGCUUUUUCAAAACCACAUGAUACAAUCCAAGAACAAAUAACUUUUUAGUAGAUUUCAAUAAAAACAAUUACUGGAAACAUCCA